CCACAAACUGGCCCCGGGGGACCCCGGGAACUGUGGUAAAGCUACACAUAUCAGCCACAAACAUCAGCUGUCAGAUACACACACUCUACCUCGCUCACACUGCACACACACACACACACACACCCUCCCUCUCUUUUGUUUUCGCUCUUACAUGCACACAGACAGACUUCACACUGGAAACACAGCUCAGAGCGCAAACAGCUGGUCAAUAGGCCUCAACUCAUCUCAGCCAGGGGGUCAUAACCCCUGGGGUCAAAGGGCAGGAUAAGUGUGCCACUCUAUAGACCCAUGAUUGGGGGCAGGUGGUCAGGCUAAAUAAUGGGCACCACCCCCGUGUACACACCCACAUACUUUGUGCUUAUUGCUAGCCAAGUGGCUUUGAGAGUAGGGAGAGGCUGCUGGUUCAUGUUACAGUGGUACUUUAGGAUUAGUGGCACUAUAAAUAGUAAUGGUAAUAACACCUGAGUUGUAGUAAUGUGAGCACUUUUUUCAUGGUAGAGCAGUAACAGGAGCAGCACUGAUAGUGGUAAUGAUAUCAUCUCCGGUUUUAAGUUUACACAGUAUAAAGUAAAGACUGCUUUGACCAUGUUGCACUUGAGAAUGUUUUUGACUCAUUGAUAGGCUGUUUAAUAUCAACACUUCCUGAUCAGCGACUACAAAGACAGUCAAAAGUGGAAAACCUCAAUUACAUAAGAAUUUAUUUCAGUGUAUUCAUAUAUUGGAAAACCCAUUUAAGACUGGUCCCAUGAUAAAUCACUGGCAUGUGAAAAUGUUGUAUUUGGCAUUAGACUUUUAUAUCAUGGAUCUUUGAUUAAAGCUCCUGUGACUAAUUUUUGUUUGUGAUUUUUGGUGUUCUCCGUGGACAGAGUUAUUAUAUCAAGGCUUUGCUGAUCUUGUUUGGAAAAUUUGAGAAUGUAAAUGAUAUUUUCUGACAAGAAAAAAAGAGAAAAGGAAAAACAUCCUUCUGCUGUCUUUUAAUAGUCAAAUUGUCAUCCAUUGUAAAUAUCCAAACCAAGGGUAUUUCUCCCCCAUGCUGUAAAUCCUCCAGUUUGAUGCCUACCCCCUUUCAGUAAGUACACGCAUUAAAAUAAAUUUGUUAAAUCAUCUUGUUAAAUUUUGAAGUUCAUGAAGAGGCUUAGCUGUCAAUUCCAGUCUAUUUUACAACCAUAUAAAAACUCCUUAGAGGAGUUUCAAAGCAUGAGUCUGUGUAAAAAUUCAUUUUGGACAGAGUGAUUAGGUGGCAUUUCUGUAGAACAGAGACGACAAUUAUGAGUUCUGUGAGGAAAAAAAAUAUUUUAAGUUCCAAUCAACACUUGGUAGUUUAAGUAAUAAACACACAAACCCCACACUGGAGCUUGACUUGCCUUUGUCCUCUUUCUUUGAGUAGUUUGUUUUUAUGUGGUCUUACACCUUUCUAAACGGAAGUCCCACACAGUAUAUCUAUUUAAUCAGUAGUUGAUUUUAUAUUGCUCGAGUUCGACUUAAAAAAUUGUUUCAGUGACAAAGCACUAGUUGUGCUUCUGAUGCAAUACUCGGGCGGACGUAUCAAAUCUACGUGAGUAGGACGGCAGAGGUUUGCCUUGUUGCCUAGAUACGAACGCGGAGGGUGGCGCAUACAGGAGUCCUUCGGUGAAUGAAACUGGCUUUCCUCGGCGGCCAUUGUGGCUCUGUUUCGUCAUUAUUAUCGAGGAAUGACCUUCCUCCGGCUUGAACCCGAAUGUCGCCACUUUCCUUGACGCUGUUGAAGAAAGAUUGGAUGUGAAAACAGCGCCAUUUCUGUCGGCGUCCAUGAUACGCGAUGCUACCGCAGCGGAUUCCAGAGCUCGAGCUCGGAUCGGCAGCGGGAGAGAAAUAGCCGCUCCCCUUUCGCUGCUCCUCUUCACUUCAGCACACGGCAGGUAAGUAAACCUCCGAAAUAGUUGGUACAUUUCUAAUGGAAUCGUAGUGUUUGGUCUGACUGUGAAGUCUGUCGUGUUUGGUCAGCUACUCUUUCGCCGUGUGACGAUAUGGCGUACAUUUUUGAAGGGAAAGCGUCUGGUAGCCUACCGGGGCAGCCGCUCCUCCUCCCCCUCGGUCAUAACAACAACCAGGCUCAGAAGCUAUUGAUAGUGAACGUCUAAUUCAGUGUCUUAUUUACCGUACACACUUGCUGUUAGUUGUUUUCAUGCUAAUUUGGUGUUUCGUUUUGGGCUCAAUGGCUGGACUCGGCCUAAGGUUCUAACUUUAACGGACAGACCCUAAUGUCACCGUGUAGAAGCGGCCGCUGUUCACCUGCCAGACAUAUAACAUUACCCGACAAUGAGUAUUUAUAUUUAGUAAAUAAGAAGAUAUUAGUACUCCUUAAAUAAAGUGAAACCUUCUGCCCGAGUUGAAUGUGAAGAAAUAGCAUAUUACCACACUGCCUAAUGACAGUCGAGGAGUUUACGGCGGCUAACUCGGCUAACUUAGCUGAUUAGCUAAAGGUCGGUGGUCCAGCUAACCUUGCUGUUUGACUGUUUGACUGCUCACUUCUCCCCGACGUUGACAGCAAAAAGUCAACUCGAUGGCAACUGUCACUUAAUCUGUAGCUGUCUUUUGUCACAAUAUUCCCAUUUAAUCACAAGAUUCUUCGUGACUGUCUUGUAGUCGCCGCACUCGUAUGUCCAGCAAAUGUAAUGUCACCAACCUUACAUAUUUUCUCAGCGUCACAUCACACUCGCAGUGAAGUAGGUAACUUGUUUUUAACGCUGCUUAAACAGCAGUAUUUUGCUCCCUUGCAUGUCAGAAUAACAUGAAGAAAUGGAUUACGGGGUAAAGUUGUGAGCAGUGCUAGCUGCCGGGGCUAGGGUGCAUACAAGGAACAGCUGGGCUGUAGACACUGGUCAGCCAUAUUUUGCAAUUAUCUGUGGCGCUAGCUGACAUUUCGGCUGACGUUCACGUGAAUUCAAUGACCAGAUGCCGUAUUCUUUCAUGAAAACAUUAAGACUUCUUAAAGGGUACGGUUGCAUACUGCAAAGCUCAUUAUCUUGCCCUUUUGACGUCUCUCACGGGUAACCUAUAAUAUGCCAUUGUUGAGUGACGACCAGGCCAGCCAAUGGAAUCGGUGCAGCCUCCAUUUGCUCUUCACGUCGGUUCACUAAUCCACUGCUGCCAUAUGACACACAUGCACUUGACAGCAAGCUUUCCCUGCCCCUUGACUGCACGCUUAUUCGGAUUAUUGCUCGUGUUUAUUGUUUUGUAUGGUCAUGGACUUCUUUGAUUGCAUUACGCGAAACCGAAUCUGCACAGCUGUUGAUUUUGAGAUGGUUAAGAUGGUACUGUUGGAGUGAUAAUAGUUUUGCACAGCCCCGCAGUCAUUUUCAGAAUGAGGUGGAGAUCCCCAGUGGUGGACAAAGUUCAUAACCUCUUCAGCUGAAGGGCAGAUACUCCUGGUCAGAUAUUAGCAUGAUAAAAGUUACAUGUGCUCUUUCAUAUGCUUUAUUAAAUCAAAUUUGUAGAAAUAUUCAAAUUACUUCAUAGAAAAUGUUCAAAUGUAUUUUAGAAAAUGUGAAUGAGAAGUUAAGAAUACACAAGUGUUUAUAUUGGUCUAUUAUCUUAAAUAAGAAAACAUUUUUAAAACUAAAAUUCCACAGAGUUUGGAUUUACAGCUCCAAAAUAACAGGAACAACUAAUUUUUUUGCAAAUCAUACAUGUCAUCGGCUGAAGACAAGAACAUUCGUGCCCAGGUGAAAAAUCAUCAUCCCUCUCUGUACUCAUAGUUAUCAUGACUAAAUCAGUGGUUCUCAAGUCCAGUCCUCGAGGCCCACUGACCUGCAUGUUUUGGAUGUUUCCCUGCUCCGACACACCUGAUUUAAAUGAUUAGCUUGUUAUUAAGCCAUUACAGAGUGUGAUAAUGAGCUAAUCAUUUGAAUCAGGUGUGUUGGAGCAGGGAAACAUCCAAAACAUGCAGGACAGUGGGCCUGGACUGGAUUUGAGAACCACUGCGCUAAAGGAACUGCCUGAUUCAAGCAACGUUUGCUCUGCGUACCUGUUCCUGUACCUGUGUAUCUGUACAUCCAUGUUGAACCAUAGACAACAGCACCACUCUGACAAACUAAACACAGAACUACAUCAACACAGUUUAUUGCCUUUGGGAUCAUGUUUAAGAAAAGGAACGCCAUCAGCUGAAGUAGCGUGCAACAAAAACAUCUUUAGAAAUGAAGUGGAGUCAAAAAGAUCAUAUUUAUCCAUUAGAAGUCAAAGUAAGUGGGUUCCCUCAAAAUUAAUACUCGAGUAAAGUGCAAAUAAGUAUCAAGAGACCGUACAGGGAUUGGAUUCAUGAAGUGGUUUGUACUGCGAAGCUCAAACAUAAAGAUUAAAGGGAUAUCAGGGCUGCAGUUCAUGUAACAGCAUCUGGAUGGAAACCUCUUUAGGACUUCCCUAAAAUCAAUUUCUUUGGUCAAUAUUUCAAAGUUGUUUUUUUUAAAUGUAGGCAGCUGUUAAGGCACCUUUUGUGUUGUAACCCUGGAACAUGUUUGACUCAAAAUUCACAUCAGAACUGUCUGUAACCUUCAAUAACAAAAAAUCAAUUCAGUCACUACUGGCCAGCUGAUCUUUUUUUUUUGUAGUGCAGGUAGUUAGAAAGCAGAUUGGUUGAUUCGGCAAUAUAUGACACUAAUAUCACGUUUUUUCCCCCUACAUUUGAUAGAAUACAGGUAUUUAUUAAAAUUAAUAAAAGUUUUUGUUUCUUACUCAUGCUAAGGGCUGCUGUUAUUAGAUUUUUUAACUAAUUUUAUUUACAUUUUCUCAGCAAAAGACCUAAUUCAGUCAGACACUAAACAUAGUACAUGGUAUUAAGAAUGGAUCAGCUACAAAUAUUUAGUUGUAAAAUCCUUGAGGAGGUAUGAACUCUGCAGGUAAUGAAGAUGAAGUCUAGUGUAGGUAGUUUUCCCAUAAUCCCACCGUAUCUGAACUCUGCCAGAUGAGUGGACACGGAGGAGUGCCAACACUGCUCAUCAGUGGCUACACUGACAGGGCCACCUGCAGUGUAUGCAGGCAUUAUUUGUUUACAUUUUUCACGCACCUAGUGAGUGCAGGCUUUGGCCAACGCUUUUUUCCCCCUGCAAAAUAUCAUUAAUCUGACAGAUUAAUUGUUCUAUCUCAUUCAUAGUGGUGGUGAACAGGGAUGUAAAGCUACCCUAAUCUCGGGAUAUGAAUACAGGUAUAUCUUAAUAUUGAGAAGAUAACGUUUGCCAAGUGGCCUCUGAAAUUGCCCAUAUUGCCAUGAGACAUAUAGACAUGGAAUAAUGAUCUAUGUAGUUCCUUCUUCCCAGUGCUGUCCUUCACUGCCAGAACACCAACAGACCUAUUGUUUCUCCACUUGUCCAUGAGACACUUAUAUUCUUUAAUAUCAGUAAAAUUGAUUAUACCAUUGUGUUCAUAGAAGUGACUGGUACUAAGUGAAUUUCUUUUCAUUUUGAUCAAUUUGGUCUCGGUGAAAAUCCAAUAUUUUACAGGCUUAAAUUCACAUCAGUACACCUUGUAAAAUGUUGUGCUUGCUCUGUUUCAGGUUGUGCCGGUGAAGUAAGAAGAAGCCCCAGUAUGGACCCUUCCAACUAAGACGCAAACACAUUGUGUGUUUUGCUCAACAGCAUAAGCCAUGCCUGACGAGUAAACCCUCCUUUUUUUGCUCAAAGCAAUAAAAAAAAAAGAAAAAACAUCCUACAUGCCUCCCCAUGUAGAGCCCCUUCAGUGUUUCCUACUGGAGUGACUGCCCCCUCUUUCCAAGGUUCUGCCUCAUCUUCUCCCCGUACCUUUCUCCGUCAACCACCCUUCAGUAACUAACCAUCACAAUGCUGCUCUACCUGAGAAUGGCCUACACCUGAGGUCCCAUGCGUCCAGUGAGCACCGAUUCAGACGGUCCUGCUCCUCCUGAAAACCUCUCUUGCCCCUACCCCCUCGUGGGCCCCCUGCCUGCCUCAGAGAUGUCCCUGCUCCAGUCGCUGGGUCCAGUGCAAAGCUGGCUUGGCCAGGAGCUUGAGAAGUGCGGGAUAGAUGCCAUGAUUUACACCCGCUAUGUCCUCAGCCUUCUCCUGCAUGAUAGUUACGACUACGACCUGCAGGACCAGGUAGGAUCCUUUUUUCAGUCAAGCAAGAGAGGAACUGAGAUCAUUCAUUCAUUGUCAUUGUUUGGGUAAAGUUGAGUGGGCAGGGAAUCUUACUCUGAGAGGGAAGGAAGGGUGCAAAUGUGAUUGUCUGACUUAAAUUUUCCAGGAUAGUUCAACAAUGGGGCUUUCUUUGACAUCAUGGCAGGAGCUCCUCUCAGUCAUUCCUCAUUUGAUUCAGUUUGUUAGACAUGCUCUAAAAGCAUUUGUCCUUUCUUCCCAAAUAAACUGAAGUUGAAUUUGGGAAUUGGCCAACGUCAAGAUUAAGCCAAUACCACUGGUGGAAUGGAAGGAAAAUUAAAAUAACUUUUUUACUCUACUGCUUUUUUUUAAGCAUUUAUCAGCCAUAGGUAUUCUGGUUUUGUUUAAACCACAGUAUAUAGAGAAAAUAUAUAGACAAAUUAAAUAGCCAUCUUAAAUUAACUAGAGUGUCUGUCACAUAAAAAAAACAUCCUGUAAAUAAACAAUGUAAAGAUUAGGUUAUUGUGAAAUAUUUCUCCCAUGCGUGUCAGCUGAAAAGGAGUUUAAAAAGCCCUGUUUCCCAGCUGACUUUUUAAAAUAUUAAGCAUUUGCCUAUACCAAGUCCAAGUAUAAAGAGCUGAAAAACAAAUGAAUUAAAAGUAUCAUCGGUUUAUUCCACUCAGAAGUGUAGGAAUGAAUCCAGAGGACAAGUGUGAGAUUAUCAAAUAGCUGUUGUGAAACUGACAGCAGUCACAUCAGGUUUUACACCACCUUGGUCAUGAACUCUGUGAUACAGCUCUGAUAAGACUGUGUCUGGGAUUUACUGUCGUGACAGCAGGACGUACUGUGGGUCUUUACUGUAAAGAUGGGCUUGCUGUCCAAAGGGAUGCAUCUAAACACCUUCUCUGCAAUUGUUUUUGCCUUUGUGGGAUAAUUAUCCUUCCUUAUUUGCAUUAUCCUUGUAUAAGAACUCCAUAACGUGUUCUUAACUCUACAUAAUUUAUCAGAAAACAAGAAAAUUGUACUGCUAAUUUGUGCAUACAGUUGCAAACUCACCAAUACCUGAACUGGCCUUACAAGCUUUAUCAAAAAUAUUCCUGUCCUCCAAGAGGAAUAACUAACUGUAUGUAAGUGAUGAUGGUAUAUUGUGAAGAACAGUGGUUCUCAAGUCCAGUCCUCGAGGCCCACUGUCUUGCAUGUUUUGGAUGUUUCCCUGCUCCAACACACCUGAUUCAAAUGAUCAGCUCGUUAUCAAGCCAUUACAGAGCAUGAUAACGAGCUGAUCAUUUGAAUCAGGUGUGUUGGAGCAGAGAAACAUCCAAAACAUGCAGGACAGUGGGCCUUGAGGACUGGACUUGAGAACCACUGGUGUAGAACACAGAUGUUUGGACACUUAAAGUAUGUAAUCCGUAUAAUCGGCUUCUUCCUCAUUUGUUUUACUGUAAACACUUAAUUGUCCUCUCUUUACUUAUUCCUUUUCUUCUUUGUCUUAAAGGAAAAUGACAUCUUCUUGGGCUGGGAGAAGGGAACUGGGAAGAAAUGGGGCAAGAGUAAGAAGAAAGGAGGGACUGACCUGAGUCUUGAGGAAAUGAAGAAGCAAGCUGCUGUGCAAUGCCUCCGCUCUGCAUCUGAUGAGGUAAGAGUGUUUUUUUGUAACCGUAUGAUUUUUAGGAAGCGUUGUUAAUUGGCCUUUUUAUGUAGAUUUAAAAAUAAGUGCACUUUUAAGAAAGAGCCCCUUCUACUGAUCUCUUCUUUUAACUUGGGAAUGAAAAGCCAUGUCAAUACUGAAACCCCGGGGGUGUAAUUGUUCUUAUUCUAUGGGGAAAUUGUGACUGUAUUAUUCCUUGUUUCUUGUUUCGGUGCAGUCAUGCAGAUAUUAAUUGCAUAAAUCAUGGUGAAUAGACGCUGAGUAAAGCUGUGUCAGUGUGAAAGGCAGAAGUGUUGGACAAGGGGAGACCCUCAUUGUAACUAAUGUCACCUCUUUUCUCGGACUUAAAUUCAUCUUCAAUCGAAUCCUAGUCUAAGUCAUUGUUUAGAGUCAUUGCUUUACAUAAAACAGUGCUGUCUUCCUCUCCAAUUUAUAACCCUUACUCAUGCAUUGAUUCACUGCCUGGUCAAUGUUAGUAAAAAAAAAUAGAGAGUUAGGCAGACAUCUGAGGCCAGCAGUAGUAAGGAAGGUGUGAUUUAGUUGAGAAUGACACAACAUUUUAACUAGAGGGAGGGUAGGGGGAAGGGUCUGUGAGGCAAGAGGAGGAGGAGGAGGAGGAGGAGUGUGGAGCUCUUCUCUGGGGACUGGACUCUGCGGUCUAUUUUUUAACCAGCACACGCUGCACAGGAUUGCAGCAGUGAGCAGCAGAGUCGGUCGGCUGUCAGCUGACCGGCAUUAGCACAAUGAUGCAAGAGGAAACACAGGGCUGGGGAGAACUUUGCUUUGCUUUUCGUCAGGUGGCAUGGUAAGGAUUAACAUUUUUGGAGGAGUGAGUGAGCUGAAAAGUGUGGCAGAACUGGCUCCGAGCGGUAGCUACGUAUGGGUUUGUUUAAGGCUUUUGCUCUGACAGUGCCAAGUUGGACUGAGCUAGUAUUUCAACAUAUUUGUCCUGUUUAUCACCCCUGUUUGUUAUGUGUCUUCCUUAUUGCUCAAUUUGUGAUGGAAGUGAGACUAACAGGAAGUGUAGAGAAUGUUUAAGAGGUCGGAUAACUAUUAGGCAAUUACUGUCUAUUUUUAUCUCCUUUUUAUUUGGUAUUUUUAUUGUUUAGAGGCAUCCUGGCACCCCUGACUAAAUAUAGCGCAUUCAUGGCCCAGCAUGCCUAGACUGUGAGAAGUCAGCUGGCUUGACUUGUGUCAACCACGUGCCUUUCAUUCUUUCCUUAGGUCACACUCAGGGUCAUAGUAGCAUCUCAGCCCUUUAACUCUGCAGUCCUAUCUAUUGAUGCUAUAGAAACAGUACAGUAUCUACCUCUUAUUGGAUUAGACUCAGAGGCCUGCUAAUGAUACGACACAGUUAUCAUGGUCCCAUUUAAUGAAAUCAUAUACAGUUACAGUAGCGCAAAACAAAAUGUAAUAUCAGUUAUUCAUCCAGCUUUUGAUUGCUGUAUGUCAUAUCAUUCACAAAAUGUUUGUUUGUGGUGUAAAUGUAGUGAAAAAAAUUGCAGUUUCAGAAUAAUAAAGGAGGCAAAUGCAGCACAUAAAAUUUGAAAGAUCAUGAAAAAUGAAUUUAAAAAGAAUAAAGGCAUAAAAUGAACAUUUUUACCAGAAUAGUCAUGUUACUGUGAUUCUCGAGCUGCAUUUUUAGGACUCUCAUAUUGUUGGGACUGUUAUAAUGGGCUCGGACACCUGUUGGCAUUUUGGUCGGACAUUAAAAAUGAGUAUAUUAUGCAUUAAAAAUGUAGUUCACACAAGAAGGGUGUCGGGAAUUGUGGUCACAGAAAAAUAAUCUUGAUUCUGGUCUGCAGUCACAUGCUACUCUUAGCUGCUGCUUCUUUUGCUCCUCUUCUGCAGUUGGCAUGUUGGGGCUUGGGGUUUGGGCUGAAACACACAAACAUGUAAUGUUUACAAUGUUUGCAUGCAGAAGGAUGGCAUGAACAACUGUUGACUAGGCUUGACCUCAGGUAAAACCAGAUUUUUGGGAUCAUCAUCAGGACUUAGUAGUAGAUAAGGUAGUUAACCGUGCCCUGUUAAGACAUUUGUUUUCUUUUGCUGCACAAGAGCCCAUUUGUAUUUUUGCCAAAUAGAUGAGUGCAUUUUGAGUCAGUUCUGCCCCUCCCACUCCUCCCUGUAACAGACACACAUACCAGUGACACUUAAUACGCUUUGAGGCUUUGAAGUGAUUUGUUUGGGCAGCCACUGAACUGUUUCAGUAGCCUACAAGAUGGGCAAUGCAUGUGGUUCUUUUUCUGUUUUUUGGUCCGUUGAGAAACCGUGAGUUUAAAUAACCUUUAAUUUAACUCAUAGGCAGGUUUCUAAACUGAACCUAGGGGGUUGUGCUGAAGCAGUGUGGCGCUAGAACAAGUACCUGUAUGCUCUAAAUGUUUACACUUUGAAUAGAUGUUUUCAAAGUAUUGAUCAUUAAAUUAUUGUGUAUUUCGUUCAAACAACAAUUUGAACUCAGAGUUAUAGUUGUCACAUCCACUACUGACAAUUAAGUGUAUGCAUCAUGUAUCAAAAUAGACUUUUGCUGUUGUAGGCGUCAUCAGUAAUGUCUUCCUUUUCUCUUGUUGUUGCAGAACUCUGGAAUUGAGAGCCUGGUUGAAGAGCUCUGCUCUAAACUAAAGGACAUCCAAAACAAACAGAAAGGUUUGGCUUACAUUCUUUGUUUCUAUACUAAGAACUUGUGAUUUAAAAAAUAAAAAAAGAAUACCUUUGUUGAAAUAUCUGUCAUAAAAAGAUGUCUUGUGUGAUCUUCACAGAGGAAAAACAGAUUCAGAAGAAAUCUGAUGGCGCUCAGUCUCCAGAGCGAGCUGAGUCCCCCUCUUCAAAGGACCAGGUGGAAAUGUAAGUAUCUUUGGGGAAGAGUGUUUACAAGAAGUGGCAGCAGUACACACCCAUAUGUAUUAAUAUAUUUUAACUGCAUUGCUUUGAAUGCAGAUAAACACAACUUCCUUUUCCCUGUGUCUGUUGUCGCUACAGGUAUUAUGAAGCCUUCCCUCCUUUGUCAGAGAAACCUGUUUGUCUCCAAGAGAUCAUGACGGUGUGGAACAAGGCCAAGGCCUGCGCUUACUCAAGUUCAUCAUCCUCCGCAGCCCCACAGACCAGCACGGACACCUCUUCCCCAAAAGAUUGCAACAGCGAAGGAGAGGCUGCAAAGGAGCGAAACCCUGAGGCAUGUGGUACCAUCACUACUGUGACCAAUGAGAGAGGCCAGCGGCGAAGCAAGAAGGAGAAAGAAAACCGAUACCAUGGUGGGGCAGCAGCAGAGGAGAAGUCUACCGUCCACUCUAAGAGACAGAUUAGACACAGAUCUGAGGGCAAAUACAGACCCAGAUCCUGGUCGUCUGGCUCUAGUGAGGCUGGCUCAAGCUCAAGUGGGAAUCAGGGUGACUCCAAGUCAUCCAGAAGCAAGGCAGUAAGAGUACGGCACAAAUCCAGGGAGGCUGCCAAGAACAAGAGAACACGCAACAGUGGGCAGGUGAAGCUCCAGGUGAAGGUUAUUGACAAAGAGGAUCGAAGAAAUGCGGGAGGGAGCAGCAGCAGUGCCACGGGAGGAGCUGCCAAACAAACACAGCUUUACAAAAAGGGGAAGAGACCGCUGAAGGAGAUUCGUAAAGAUCCAGGCUGGAAGGAAGCGAAAGAGUCCGGAGUUGAGGUCAGAAACAAAAAGGAAUACAUGGAGGAGCCUCUGUGGUACACUGAGCCCAUCACAGAGUAUUUUGUACCUUUCAGCAGCAGACAAAGCAAGCUGGAAACAAAAUAUCGAAGUAAGGUAGACUCUCCAGAUGGCUUUGCUUUGCCAGCCGACAUAGAGAGGCUGCCGGAGAGAAUCCAGGGAAUCUGCAUUGCCAAUGAGAACUACCAGAGAGCGUACCUAGCGGCAGGCUCGUUCGUGGAUGGGCACUUUGUGGAAGGGCCUGGCGAGGCAGAAGACGAACCUGCUGAACUGACUGGGACCUCAAGCUGCCCUCAGCCCGAGGAUAGUAGAGAUUUAGAUGACAAGCAUCUGUCUGAAUUCACUCACUUCUAUGAAGUGGAUAUUUAUCAAUCCAUAUUGGAUACUAGUGCCUCAGACUCGAUACAAGAGAGUCGGAUCCUAAGCAUGAUUCGACAGAAAAGCAAAGAGCAAAGAGACGUUGAGGCAGAAUGUUGUUUAGUGUUAGAUGGCCUUGAGCAGCAAGGGAAAAGUGCAAUACGGGCAGACUCACAGGAAGCUUCGGGAUCCGUGGGAUUCUUAAUGGAGGAUCUUGAAACCAUGGCUCAAGUGUGGGGAUGUUAUUCACCAUCUACUUCAGAAGAUAUAGAUGGAGAAAGCUUUGUAGGGGAUUCUCCUAUCCGGCUCUCUCCCCUCCUCGAUAGUGUUUCAUUCACCCUGAGCAAACUAUCAGGACAUCUGGAGGAGCCGCCUGUUCCUGAAGCUACCAGUGAACCAUCUGGUUUGAACUCAUCCUGCUUCUCUCUUUUCGAGCUGCAGUAUGACAGCCCCACUUUUCCUUUUCCCCGCGACUCACUCAUUGUUGGUCACGAAAACAACACGGAUUCUAGUAGCUGUCUCGACCCUCAUUCUAAUAAACAGUCUCGUUUGCUAAUAUGGACCAAAAAUAGUGCCUUUGACGAAACUGAACACUGUUCGAAUCUUUCAACAAGAACUUGCAGUCCGUGGUCACAUUCAGAGGAGACUCGUUCAGACAACGAGCAAGGAAAUGUUCCGACAGAGGAUGCUGCUCAUAUUGGCAACGAAGAGAUUGAUUGUAUAAUCCCUCCGCUCUCUGGUACAUAUCUGGAGGAAGAAAUCCUGGAGUUUCUGCAAGACGACUCUGGUCGUAAGUGUGAGGAGGUUAGUGUUACUACAGCAUCCAAUCAGACCUUCACCAAAAAGUCCAAAUUGGAGUCCAUUUGUGGGAUAGCAUUGGAGGAGGACGAGAGUAAACAGUACAGCACUGGCAUGUUUUCAGAAAACACAAACCAACACAGUGAUGACUACAGCUCAGGGAUAAUAAAGGACAUUUGGACUGCAAUAGGAGAUGACAAAUCUGUAAUGUCAAGGCAAGGAGCCGAGAAACCGAGUGAGGGUCUGUUCUCAGAUGAGUCAGUCGGUUAUUGCUGCAGCUGUUUGGAGGUGCAGGCGAAAGGUGGUCCGAUUCAAGGACCUCAGAAAAAAGCAGUGCAGCGCUCAGAGUAUCACCUGUGGGAAGGCAAGAAGGAAGAUCAGGACUUGGCCAAAAACAAACUCUGCAAGGUGGAUGCUGCCGGGGAUUAUAUGACUCCGUCCAAGUCCUGGGACUUGAACUCUGACAAAGAGAGUACGUCGUUCAUCCUGGGAGGUGUGUAUGGAGAGCUGAAGACACUAACUGGCGACAAAAACUGGGCUGUUGUGCCGCCAAGUGACACCCAAGAAAGCCUGCUAACAUGUGCUGCUGCAGCUGCUUCAGCCUCCAGCUCAGACAUGCUCACCAUCACUGGCACAGAUGUGUUCAUGAACACCGGCAGCUGCUUCGCUCCUGGGCACAAGCCGCUGUGGAGGCCUCUUGUUUCCUUUGGGCAGAGUGACCAGGCCAUCAGGGGAGGCGGGGACGGAUUGAAUAAGGGAUUUUCUUUCAUCUUCCAUGAAGAUUUGCUCGGAUCUUGCGGCGGCUUGCGUAGUGAGGAGCAAGGUUUGGAAUAUCCGUUUGCAUCCUUCAACCUGAACAAUCCCUUCUCCCAAGUUCUCCAUGUCGAGUGUUCUUUUGAGCCCGAAGACAUGGCCUCAUUCAGCCCAGGGUUCAAGCCCAAAUCUAUUCUUUGCUCGGACUCUGAGAAUGAAGCCUUCCAUCCUAGAAUUUAUGGCAUCAACAGGACGCAGUACAGGGCCAUCCGCAUUUCCCCUAGGACUCAUUUCCGACCCAUAUCAGCCUCAGAGUUGUCUCCUGGUGGAGUGAGUGAUUCCGAGGCUGAGACUGACAAAGAGGAGAUGAGUUUUCCCGUCCUGGCGCCGGUGGACGUCUUCGACGAUCCUCAGGCUGACCUCAAACCUCUCGAGGAGGAUGCAGAAUGUGAGGGCCCGUAUUACGGGAAGUCAGAACUGGAAUCUGGUAAAUUCUUACCCAGAUUAAAGAAGUCUGGCAUGGAGAAGAGUGCCCAGACCUCUCUGGAUUCACAGGAGGGUUCCAGUGCCCUCCUGCCGAUUGCUGAGCAAGAGAUUUGCUUAGACUGCAAAACGGCAGCAGCUGCUUCAACUGCAGACGGAGAGACGGUCGUCUCAGUCUGCAAGAUUCAAAAGGAAGAAUCUUCAGGAGAAAAACAGUCCUGCUUAUGUGCACCAGCAGGUCAGAUCCCCAAGUAUGGGAUCACAUAUGACUUUGUUGGAGAAAUGCCAGAGGUGAGGAGUCCUAAAACCAAUCUCUGUAAAUUAUCAGUGUAAUAAGUUUGCCAGAAGAUGUACAACCCCACUGAGUAAGAUGUUGAUUUAGACCAAAAUAGCGCAAAAAGGUCUUAUGAAAAUUAUAUGCUUGUUGUAAACUUGAUGCAACACGUUUCCAAACAGUUGGGGCAUGUUUACGCUUGUGUUGAUCAUUUUUUCUUUUGACACUUAUGUAAAUGUCUGGGAGCUGUAGAGAUCAGUUUUUGGUGUUUUGUCUGAUUUUUCAGCUGGGGGUGGUAUUGUUUGUUUUGUGUUUUGUGAUGAGCCAUGGUGUAUAAAUGAGUGAAGAAUGUGGUUUGGACAUGUUUCUCCAAAACCUGUAUAAUGUACACCGUUCAGCUUUAAUGGUGCAAACCAGCCAUACCAUCAAAGGUUUUCUCUUUCUCCAGAUUUUUUGAAUCUUUCAUGAUUUCAAGAGCUGUACAUGAUGAUUUUGGAUUUUCUAGUACAUUUUUAAUCUCUGUAACAUUACUCUGGUACUGCUCAACUUUUUCCUCAUGUAGUCUCUUGCAGUUUGACGAACUUUUUCCUGUUUUCACUCGUAUUCUCUUCCUAUCCCAACUGUUUUGAAACAUGAUGCUUCCAUCAAUUUAAAAUGAGCAUUUAAUUUUCAUCAAGUAGUACAAUUUUCAGUUUUAAUUUAAUAUGAACUUGGAAUGAUUUGCAAACUAUGAAAUUCUCUGUAUCUACAUUUGACACAUCCUCCCAACUCUGAAAAAAUACUGGUCUAACCACAGUGUGUCAUGAUCUUUCAUGAGCUGCAAAGUGAGUUCCACCUGUGAAAGUGUUUACUGAAACACACUAACCACUUCUCGUUUGUCUUGUUUAGUUCCCUCUGUUAAAUGUAAGUGGACAGGGAGGAACUGGCAACCAGCAAGAUGAGUGCUGGUGGCAGAACACACUCUGUUCCCCCCUUUUCCCUGGAUCUCAGUGUACAGGUAAAACAUGUAGUUCACUUCUCUGUUGUUUCUUGCCGUGGGAAUGUUUUCUUUGUCAUUACUUUUAUUCAAUUUGGCAGAUGAUCAGUACGCAGACAACUACUUUAAGUCUUUCAGUCUCAAAUUCAAAAACCUGCAGCUUUCAGGACAUAUUAAAGUCACUUCUCUGUGUUGACAAGAUUUUUACAGAGGUCUUUAAAAACCUCAACAAGGAAAUUCUGUUUUCAACUCAUAAUCCCAAUCAGAGUGUAAAAACAGAGGCCAUUGCAGGUCAGUGUACUGCUUUACUGGUUGAGGCACCACAAACAGGAAGUCAGAAAGGAAAAGAUAAAAUGCAACAUUUCCGCAGAAGGACUGAGAACGUGGCUCUCUCUGUCAGAACUUAAUUUUGACCGAUAACUUUGCCCCAAAAAUAAAAAAGGCAUUUACAGGGCCUAUAUAUAUAUAUGUGUAUAUAUAUAUAUAUAUGUGUGUAUAUAUAUAUAUAUAUGUAUAUAUAUAUAUAUAUACAUAUAUAUAUAUAUAUAUAUAUAUAUAUAUAUAUAUAUAUAUAUAUAUAUAUAUAUAUAUAUAUAUAUAUAUAUAUAUAUAUAUAUAUAUAUAUAUAUAUAUAUAUAUAUAUAUAUAUAUAUACACACACACAUAUAUAUAUAUACACACAUAUAUAUAAAGAUAAAAAUCCCCAUUUAUAGUGAAGUAGUGAAGCGUUUAUCCAUUGGCUUUCUUAACCGACAGAAAACAGCAGAAUCCUCUGAAUUAGUUUCCUUUUCCAUCAGUUUUCUGUCUGCAUUUUCUUCUCACUCAACCAGUCCUGAAACCCUGCUUAAGUCCAUACUGUGUUGCAGUUUUCUUCACUUUGGUGGAUGUCUCUUUCACAGACCUUCUUGAAAAAUAGUUUCUGCAGUUUUCCUGGCCUUGUCUUCUUUACUCUGCUGGUAAAAAUUCAGCCUUUAACCAUGAAUCUCAGGUUUGCGCUCUCCAAACAAGUAGAGAAUUUUGUUCAGUGAUGAUGUUGGAAACUGAACCUUUUUCCACAUCAGAGUGCACAGUUACAAUUUUUUGUGUAGAUAAAAUCAGCAAAAUGGUUCAGGCACCAUCAGAAGAUGAUCUCCUGUUAUCUGCAAAGUGAAAUGACAAAAAUGUCAAAAUGAAGUGACUUUGUGGAGUAGCACUUGGUAUAGUUUCGGCAAGUAUCCAUUGCGAGUGUCACUAAAAUUGUUAAAUGAGCUCAGAGUUUGCAGACUAGGACCGAGGUUUAAAACACCAAAUGAAGACUUGUGGAAACCUGAUACUAUAAACUCACUGUAGGCAAGAGGUGGAAAAAGCCCUAGAACUGUAUGUGUGCAAAAAACUAACUAUUUGCAUGUCUUCUUCCAGGGAGCAGCAACAUUUGAAUACUCCAGUUUUGCAGAGGACACCUGUCGUUAGAGGGGAAACCUCCCUCUCCUUUUGUGACUGGACCUCUACCAGCAAAGAUUCAGGGUCAUCUCAGAGCUGGAAAACCUCAUGUAGGCUAAUUUUCUGAGAGCGCCCAACCAAAACACCCCACACAUAACCCUGCUGGUUUUCAUUUACUAUCUUCGAACCUUGUGUAAUCAAUCAGAUCAACAAAAAGUGAGUGAAAAUAGGAAAACUCAAAAAAUAUGUUCUGUCUUUGAGUGAUGCCAUGUGCGGAAAAGCAUUUUUAGGCGUUUUUAGAAUUUGUUUCAUUUGAUUCUUCUGUACACUGGUCCUCAUCAGAGUCUCACAGUUAGAUAGUUGGGACAACUUUUGUUCUAUCCUUGUCAGUUUUGUUCCCAUCAUUUUUGCUUUUGAACUAGGAUACUGGUAGUUGUUGGUGUCUGAAUGGUUGUGCAUGUGUGUUCGUCCAGCCAGUCUCACUCCUCUUUUUUCUGAUCUUGUGUGAAAACGACUGCUAUCGCAUCCUCUACUUUCCAUCUUGUGUUCAGAAAGAUUAUACAAGGAUGUUGAGGUUUCUGAGUUGUGUAAGAGUUUGAGAGUUUAAUUUAAAUAGUUUGUUUGGACGACUUUCUGAAUGUGAAGUAGAGAAUGUGUGCAGCUUUCUCCUAAAUAUCCCUCAGCUUCCCCCAUGUGUGAAAAGUUAUUAUAAAUGAGUCUGAUUUUUGAAUGGUGAUAGUCUUACAAAAGCUAGUAGUAGACUUAGUAUGGUUUGUGAGGCUAAAAUUGAGAAAAAAAAUCCUUUUAAAAAUACAAAAAAAGCAGGAAAUCAAAAAUAAGUUUUGUUGGAAAAAUACUAAUCUACUUGAAAUGCAAUGCUGUAAAAGUGAGGGGGAAAAAAAGAAAAAAAGUUUGUGUUUGCGGUAAAGCCCCAUCACGAAAAGACAAAACUACAGCCAUUUCUGCAGACACCUGUGUUGCAACUGAAUGAAACAAUGUUUUAUUUUUUUGUAAUGUCAAUGGUACAGACUAUUGGUGCUAUAAAUAUGUUCAAUUUGAAAUUGCAGUUCCAUGAUACCGCUGUGAGAAGUAGAGAGCCUAGUUUUGUUCGUAGUCCACAAAGUCAGACUCCAUGAAUAUCUUUUUGCGGAAAAUUGUGAAAAGAAGAAAAAAGUUUCUUGCUGAAUGUGGGUUUUUUUUUUUUUUUUAAAUAUAUAUUUUAAGGAAACCACUCAGUUGUAAGGCCUGUAACAGCUGAAACAGAAACACUCGCAGGUAUUAAAAUCUCAUCUUCUCAGUUUGUUGUUCCAGAAUGGGCAUGAUCAGCACCAUCAGAUGGUCAGUCGCUCGUGCUGCAUCUAACAAAAGAAGCAGCGGGGUGAUGGUCAAACCAAAAACAUAAAUAGAAUUAUUACACUAAGGUACAAAUGCUUUUUUCCAUAUGAGGUGUGUUUCUUUCUUUUCUUUGGUUUAAGAUAUAUCUUGUUGAAAUACUGAGUAACGUCUCACUGUGUGUGUGUGUGUGCGUGCGCGUGUUUGUGGGAGUGUGUGCGUGCGUGUUGAACUUGUGAAGGCACUGGUUCAGAGCGAGUGUUACUAAACUUUAUCUUGCAGAAACGUGAAUUUUUUGCAUAGACGUACGUUCAUAGAUGAUGCCAACAUCCCCUUUAAUUAAACCUGUGGCAGAACAUUCAGGGCCACUGUAUAGAACUAUAGAAAAAAAAAGUUGUGAAUUGUUUGACAUUUUAGGCCGAAUUUUCCAAGACCAAAGUUGUACAUUCACGAGAAUAAAGCUGUAAAUUUCAGAGGUAAAAGUUGUCAUUGUACUAAAGUUAAGAUGUAAAUCUCUAAGUAGAUUAAGAGAAGAGACAGUUUGAUUUUAUAACUUAAUCCUGAAAAUGUGACAUCUUUUUCUCAUGUCUUUAUUCUGGUAAAUUUAUGACUAUAUCCUCAAAAUAAUUAUCCUUAAUGUGGCCCUUGUUCUUCGUCAUAAAGUGAACGAAUUAGAUUCUUAAUACCAAGCAUGUGUUGGUUGGCUCUUUAAUGACCAGUGCUUUAAAAACAAAUGAAUCUGAAGCCCCAGUAGAUGCUGUGUUAGAGCCUGGCUGAUAUAUCACUUUUGUUCUCAUAACCAUGAUGAAGAGCUUUGAACAUGCAGGAAAAACACAUUGUUUGUGUGGCACAGUGGGGUCCAGCUUCUAUUAAGACAGGGCAUAAUGAGUCUUUUAUACAAUCUGAGUCCAUCAGAAGGGACAAAAGUGUGUGACUGUAAGGAGAUUAGUGGUAAAACGUCAAGAGAGUCCAUAUGAGUGAGUCUCAGGAUCCCAAAGUUUUUUUUUUUUUUUUUUUUUUGGGAGUACAGUUGUCCUCUUGAAACCUGUUUGUCUAUUUGCUUACCCAUAAAAACUUGGUCCUGAGUUUCUUAAUGUGUUGGAAGUGUUUCUGAACUCACACAGCAGCUUGUAGGUGUUGAAUUGUUGUUGGUCAGCAGAUAAAAGAGACCCUUCUGGUAUGGCCAGGACUUCAUUGAACACUCAUGAAGCAGUGGAUCAUGGCUGACACUGCACUGUGGUGACAGAAAAAAAACUGCCAUUCCAGUUUAAGAUUUAUUAAACAGCGCAGGUUGUUUAAGGUGAAUAUGUUUUUCUCGUCUCGAAUUCUAUUGGCCAGGCUCUAACAAAUGCAGAUUUUCAUAACCUGCUGUUUAUUUUAGUUUAUCAUUUUUUUUCACAAAUUGCUGAGAGGACAGUGGCAGGCGACUGAUUCGUGACGUUAAACCUUCAAACUGAAGCACAGAGAAGUCAAAACCACCCCUCCUUUAUUAAAAUUAAAACUUUGCCAACAGUGUGAGCCGACACUGUAAUGCACUGUCGCAGGUGAAGGUGUUUCUGGCUUUAGAAAUGGCAAAAAAAAAAAAAAGAGAGAGAGGAAAGAAAAGAUUGUACAGGAAGGUUUGCUCAAUCCAACGCCAACUCAACGGACCCCCAAGUAGCUGAAUGAGAGGUACUCGAACUUCAGGGUCUUCGUCGCCGUUCUUUGACCGUCAUCAGACACUCAGGAAUUUUUUAAUACAAGCAUACUGCAUAAUCUUACACUCAGACCUGUGACAGUGCAUUGAUGCAUUAAUGUAAAACCUUUCUUUGAUUGUAGAGCAGAAAUUAUCGACAGGAGUGCUUUUAAAGCAAACUGCACAGGUGGCUGUCUUUAAUUUAGGGUUUACAGGGGAGAGGAAAAAAAAACAAAUUAAGCCAUCGUGGGUUGCAUAAGCAAUGCAGAGAGGCAUACAAGAGGUCCUAUGCAAUACCUUGGCGCAUGUAAACAUUCAAGAAUAUAUGGAGAAGAGUCAUUCAGUUAAUUUUGCAUGUUGACUGAUUUUGAGUGAAGGACACCUGAGAGAGAAAAAAAAACUAAACAGAGGAAUGUCUCUAAAAUGCAGCAUGCAAACAUCACACUCCAUCUUUUUCUGUUGGUUUAACGAAACAUUUUACUUAAAUACAAGAGGUUAAAUCAGUGAUUAAAAGUAUGAGUGUGAAUCUGUGCGAAUGAGUCACAAAAAGCACUUAGAAGUUGAAAGGAACGCAUCACACCUUUCUCCAUUUGAUUCUUCCAUUUUUGAUAGGCUGUGUUUAAAAAAAAAAAAAAGAAAAGAAAAGUAAACAAGACGAGAAAAUGCAUUCAGUGCGGGUUUAUAUGCAGUUGGAACGACACAGAAAUGGGGGUUACAGGGUUUCAGUUGCACUGUGGUCUGAAGAACAUAUCCAGCACUGAAAACCUCCUCGUCUUCUCAUUCCCACCCUGACGCUCCUCCACCCUCCCCACCCUCCUCUAUAUUCCUGAACCCCACCUGUCCCGAGUAGCUCUGUUGUUCUAAUUUCAUGUACACCCUGAGUAAAUUAUUUUGUUUCAUUGUGGAUUUUCUUAACAUCUAAUAAAGGAAUAAACCAAACCUCAGA